GAGUCCACACAGUGUCAGAAAUGAAAGGAGGGUCUUCAGCUUCAAGUGUCACUUCCAUUCUCUUUUGGGUGACCUGGGUUGGCUACCUGUGUGUAGGAGCUGGGGCGCUGCAAGCCACCAUCCCAGGACCUAAUGCCACCAGCGAUGCUUUGAUCCAACAUUCUGAGCUUGGCCUGGGAAGGCGAAAUCGAACAGAAGGCUGUGGGAAAAAUACAAAAAUCUGCCAAGUCCUAUGUGAUCUUUGUGAUGAAUUCCCUUCAAGGAUGGAUUGCUACACAUCGAUUCAUGAAGCACAGUGUUUUUACAGUUUCCAGCAUGCCAUGGAAUCCUUAACAGACACACACUGGUGCACGUGGAAUUAUGUAAAAAGUCCCUACAACACCUUCACCCUGUGCUCUGAAGACAUGGCCGACUGUCUGCACAUCCCCUGGCCCAACCAGCUGGUGGAGGAGACGUUUGUGUACAUCCACUCCAUGUACUUUAGGGACUGCCCCCUAGAGGUGCUUCCGGACGCACCUCCCAGCGUCAUCUUCACACUGGUGAUAACCCCCAUCUGCCUCAUCCCGGUCAUGGUGAUCCUGGUGAUGCUGAAGACGAGCUCCUGGUGAUGGAGGGAAUGUCCUUGCCCGCCUUGCCCUUCAUACACUUACAUGGACUCCCAGACUCACAUUGUGUGCCCGCCACACGCCUGCAGCCCCGCCCGUGAACUCACCCCUUCGCUCUCUUACAUCUCCUGGUUGAGGUGAGCUGUCAUCCUUCUCAAGCGGCAUCCAUUAGCUUUGUGAGCUUCCCAAAUAUCUUUAGGCUAAACAGGAAGCCAUAUCGUGGUUCCAAUGCGUACACAUUACUGUUCACACUGUAAAUGACGGUACUCUAGGAACAGGGUUCCCUACCACUAUGACCACAGCCCGUUAUUUUAUUAUUUCCUUGAUCAGCAGAUAUCUUGCGUUUCCACACUGUCCAUGCUGCAUGCCUCCUGCGUGACCCCCGUCUCAGAAACAUCUCCUAGCUGCAUCACUGAGAUUGACCACAUGGCGUCGCCAUUUCAAUCCUGUGAGGUUCAGUCCCGUUCAAGGCAAUACCAGGCGUUGGGAUUUUCUUGAACAGUUAAAGCUUCAGCGAAUGUCUGUACUACGUUACUACAAGUUUUUGUGUGUGUGUGUGUGUGUGUGUGUGUGUGUGUGUGUGUGUGUGUGUGUUGUCCCUUACAUAAUUCUAUGUAAUAACUGUAUUCAAUGAAAUGUCAGGAUUUAAAUGCGUUCAUGGAAAUCAUAUAUCUACCACCCAUUUUUUCACUGUAUGCGUGAAACUUAAUAUAUGUCUACUGGUGUAUAUAAUGGGUGUCAUUGUAAAUGUGAAGUGUCAGUGAGUGUCAGGCAUUAUGAUGACAGAUGACAGAGCAGACAGAGAAGACCUCACGUCCAGUUUCUGGAUGAAGGGAGAAAGUGUUACAAUGAUCUACGUGAGGCCAUGAAAUGAACCAUCUUGAGGAAGAGGAAGGUCAGGGUGAGAGGCUAAAGACAAUGGCAGGAACGUUAUGCGUGCAGAUUAAUUUCCAGGCAUUGUCCGCCCACUGGUUUCCUACGAUCCCAAAGUGAUGGCUUUGCUUUUUUAAUGUUCCUGAGGGCAGGUGCCUUAAAUCAUCCGUCUGUGUUAUCUUAGAGAGGAGUGAAAGACUGGAAACAUUCUAUGUGAAAAGUCAGAAAUAAGUUCAUACAUUUACAAAUACACCCAGUGUGCUUAGGAAAACUACCUUUAAACCCUGUGCACCUUGGCCCUGGAAUGUGGUCCAAAAAACGUUGUCAGUCUCAUUCCUGUGACUUUAAAUGAUUUAUACAAAACAACACAU